AUGCCGUCGAAACAGAAAAAAUCCACAGCUUCAGAAGAAACCGAAGAGGUUGAUGACGAAGUGGAGGAAACUGAGCCAAAGUUAAAGGAGACGAGUAAUGAUGUGACCCAUGGGGACACCACAAAAAGAGAUAAGAGUCGGAAGAAACACAAGAGCGCCGAGAGCUCUGAGAACCAGGAGGCCCCGGAGAGAGACAAGCCUAAAAGAGAGGGUGAAAAGGAGAAAUCAGAGAAGCUCAAAGAGGAAGUGACUGAGGGAGUCAAGGAGGAGAAGAAGAAAAAGAAGAAGAAAUCCUCAGUAGAGACCUCAGUGGGAGAGGACGACAUGGGGUCCAAGGAUAAAAAGUCCAAAGAUGGCAAGAAGAAGAAGAAGUCUCACGACGACGACGACGAGGAGCCUUUAAUUGAAGAGCAAGAAGAGGAGGAGGACUCAAAGAAAAAGAAAAAGAAGAAGGCAAAGAAGGGAUCUGCAGACAGCGAUGAAGACAAGAAGAAAAAAGGGAAAAAAUCCAAGAAUAAACAAGUGGACUAUGCUGCGAUCUACCAGAACGAGCUGCUGACCUACCACACUGACUCCUCUGAUGGAUAUGAAGAUGAGUACUACAAAAAGAAAGUGUAUGAGGUGGUCACUGUCACCGGUGAUGUAAAGGGAGCCGGGACAGAUGCUAAUGUGUUUGUCACACUUUUUGGAGAGUUUGGCGUCACGCCCAAGGUCCACCUGGCAAGCAAAAGUCGGACUGCAUUUGAAAAGAAUAAGACCGAUGUUUUCCGUGUCAAAACACACAACGUGGGCCCUCUGAGCAAAGUCAGGAUUGAGCACGACAACACAGGCAUGAACGCCAGCUGGUUCUUGGACAGGGUUGUGGUGACCGACAUGAACCGGCCCCAUCUGCGCUUCUAUUUCGCCUGCAACAACUGGCUGAGUCGGGAGGAGGCUGACAACCUGUUUGUCAGGGACCUGCUGGGCAGCAUGAACCCCAUGGACGUCCCCAAAUUGAAUAAAUACAUUGUGAGUGUGUUCACUGCUGACAUGAAGGGAAGUGGAACCGAUGCUGAUGUCUUUCUGAAUAUCUUUGGAGAAAAUGGUGACACAGGAGAGAGACGACUGGACAGCGACAAAGACAACUUUGAACGUGGGUCAGAGGACAAGUUUACAGUAGAGGCUCCCAACCUGGGGAGGCUGAGAAAAAUCACCAUCGGCCACAACAACAGGGGUUCAUCAGCUGGAUGGUUUCUAGACAAGGUGGUAAUAGAUGACAUGGGGAAUAAAGAAGUAUACGAGUUCCCAGUGAAUCGCUGGUUUGCCAUGGACGAAUGUGAUGGCAAAAUCCAGAGAGAUGUGUUGGUUGGAUCCAUGCAGCCAAUGGGUAUCGUUUACAAUGUGCAAGUCAUGACUGGAAAUGUGAGAGGUGCGGGGACCAACUCUAAAAUCCACAUGGUCAUGCAUGGCGCCAAGGGCUUAAAAAACAGUGGCAAAGUUUUCCUUGAGGGCGGUGCUUUCGAGCGUGGUCUCAUCGACAUUUUCAACGUGGAGAUCUGUGAGCUGAUCAGCCCACUCAGCAGAGUCACCAUCGGGCACGACAAUGGUGCCGUCGGCGCCGGAUGGUACUGCGAGAAGGUGGUGAUAUACUGUCCGUUCACGGGCAUUGAGCAGACAUUUCCGUGUGGGAUGUGGUUGGAUGAGGACGAGGGGGACGGACUGAUUGAGAGGGAGCUGUAUGAGAUGGUCUCUCUUAGGCAGAAAAAACAGAAAAAGUACCCAUGGUCCCUGUGGAUUUGGACAUCAGAUGUGAAGGGAGCCGGCACGGAUGCCCAGGUGUUUCUGCAGAUCUAUGGCGAGAGGGGCAAGUCGGAUGAGGUCAAACUGGAAAACAACUCAGACAGUUUUGAACAGGGGCAGCUUGAUAAAUUCAUUGUUGAGAUGCCCGACAUAGGAAAACUGCUGAAACUGCGGAUCUGGCACGAGAAGAGGCAUCCAUUUGCUGGCUGGCAUUUAGCGAAGGUAACUUUGCUCAAGACCCUCACCAUGGAGAAAUAUUCUUUUGAAUGUGGCCGUUGGCUGGACAUCAAUGAAGAUGACAAUGAGAUUGUCAGAGAGCUUCCAGCUACAAGCACAGUCAUUGAAGAGCCGCUGCCUUUGAUAAAGUAUCGUGUCACCAUCUGCACUGGUAACGUCAGCGGCAGUGGCACCGACGCCAGCGUCUUCCUCAAUAUUAUCGGUGACCUGGGUGACACAGGAGAGCGACUCAUGUUUAUGAGCAAAAACAACGUCAACAAAUUUGAAAAGGGAAACCAUGAUGAGUUUCUCAUUGAGUCAGUGUCCUUGGGCCAGGUGCGCAGGGUCCGCGUAGGCCACGACGGCCGCGGUGGAGGCUGCGGUUGGUUCCUUGACAAGGUGAUGGUCAGAGAGGAGGGUCAGCCGGAGUCUGCAGCCACUGAAUUCCCCUGUUUCAGAUGGUUGGACCGAAAUGAGGAUGACGGACAGAUUGUCCGCGAGUUAGUUCCAGCUGGAGAUGGCCUGCGUCUCUUCAAUGUCAACUACCACAUAGCAAUCAAGACAGGCAGCGUGAAUGGGGCCAGCUCCGACUCCAGGGUGUUUGUCAAGCUGUAUGGGGAAAAGUGUGAUACUGACAAGGUGAUACUAGCAGUAUCUGACAAUGACCUCAGGAAUUACUUUGAGACAGGACGCACUGACAUCUUUAUAUUCGAAACCUUUGAUGUCGGAAAGAUCAACCGUCUUCUGAUCGGUCACACCAAUGAAGGCCUGCGGGCUGGAUGGUUCCUGGACAGUGUGCAGAUCUCUGUGCCGGUUCAUGGGAUGCAGUACAUGUUCCCGAGCGACCGCUGGCUGUGCAAAGACGAGGCUGAUGGAAAAGUGGAGGUGGAAAUCUAUCCCAGUGAGGUCUUGGAAAUCGAACAAUUGAUCAACUAUGAAGUAACAGUGGUCACAGGUGAUGUGCGUGCAGGUGGGACCAAUGCCAAUGUUUUCUGUCAGAUCUAUGGAGAUGAAGGAAAAACUGAAGUCCUCUCUCUAAAAAGUCGCUCCAACAAUUUCGAACGCGGCACCACGGAAAUCUUCAAGAUUGAAGCUUUGGAUGUUGGCAAGAUCUAUAAGAUACGUAUCUACCAUGAUGGGAAAGGUGUCGGAGAUGGCUGGUUCCUGGAGACAGUGGACAUCAAGCGCCUGACCAUGGCCAUGGUGCAGGUUGAGGUAAAGAAGGAGGAGACAACCAAGAAAGACAAGAAGAAGGACAAGAAAAAGAAGAAGAAAGACGAAGAGGAGGAAGUGGAGAUAAUUGAGAAGCUGCAGGAAGUGGUGGAGACAUUCACCUUCCCUUGUAACCGCUGGCUAGCCAGGGACGAGGAGGACGGGGAGAUCGUGGUUGAGUUGCUGACUGAAGACAAUGAAGAGCUGGAGCUGAACUCAUAUGAGGUUCAUGUGUUCACUGGGACAAUGUUUGGGGCGGGGACCGAUGCCAACGUGUACGUCAACGUCUAUGGAGAGACUGGCGACACGGGGGAGAGACGACUCAGGAAAUCCAACAACCUCAACAAAUUUGAGAAAGGAAAGGAGGACAUUUUUAACCUCACAGCAGUCGACCUGGGGAUCCUGAAGAAGCUGAGGAUCCGACAUGACAACAGUCAGGCCAGCGCCGGCUGGUUUUUGGACAGAGUGGAGAUUGUGGACAACAAAGAUGACACCACGUACUUUUUUCCUUGUAAACGCUGGCUGGCUAUUGAUGAAGAUGAUGGACAGCUUGCCAGGGAGCUGGUUCCUGUGGACGAGGCCUUCAUGAAGAAGGGGGAUGAUGAUGAAGAAGACUCUGAUGCUACACUGGGUCUGGAACAGAAAGCCAUGUCAACAACAUACACAUUAAGGCUAAAAACUGGUGACAAGAAGUACGCAGGAACAGAUGCUAAUGUUUUUAUGAUCCUGUACGGCACCAAGGAUGACACAGGGAUAAUUAACCUCAAGGCUUCAAAGACUCAUAAAAACAAGUUUGAGCGGGGUAUGAUCGAUGAGUUUACUGUGGAAGCUGUGGACAUUGGACCCCUGAAAAAGCUGCGUGUUGGACAUGACAACCGAGGAGGAUCAGCAGGCUGGUUCCUUGACUGGGUGGAGAUCGAUGCCCAAUCUCUGGGACAGAAACUGCGCUUCCCCUGCGGCCGUUGGUUGGAUAAAGGAGAAGAUGAUGGAGCCAUCGUUAGGGACCUUUUCCCUAACUCCCUUCAGACUGAGUUUUACACGCCAUUUGUUCCUUAUGAGAUCAAAAUCUUCACGAGCGACGUGUUUGCAGCCGGCACAGAUGCAGAUGUCUCCAUCGUCCUUUACGGACGAGAUGCAGUUUGCACCCAACAGAAAAGUCUGUGUGUCAACAAGAGGGAGAGGAGAAUGUACUUUGAGAGAGGAGCGGAGGACAUGUUUAUUGUUGAGCUAGAAGAUGUGGGGGACGUAAUAGAGAAGAUCCGUAUCGCCCAUGACAACCGUGGGGUCAACCCAGGCUGGCAUCUGGACAGAGUGGAGAUCAGACGUCUGCUCAGGAAGGGAAAGGGUUCAGAGACAAUCAUCUUCCCUUGUGAGUGCUGGCUCGCCAAGUCAGAGGAUGAUGGAGAAACAGUGAGAGAGCUGGUGCCCUCCGAUAUCAUCACUGAGAAACUUUCACGAGAUGGAAGUCUGAAAGUGACUGAAGUCGAGGUGGAAGAUGCCCUAGAGACUCACACAUACAAAGUGUCAGUGAUGACAGGUGACGUGUACGGAGCCGGCACCGACGCUAACGUCUUCCUCACAAUUUACGGGGACCUGGGGGACACCGGGGAAAGAAAGCUGAGCAAGUCGGAGACAAACAGCAACAAGUUUGAACGAGGAGCUGUAGAUAAAUUCACUAUGGAGGCCGUUGACCUCGGUCAGGUUUUCAAGAUAAAAAUCCGCCAUGAUAACAGUAUGGUGAGUCCCGACUGGUACUUGGACCAGGUGGAGGUGGUCGAUGUUGAUACAGAGGAGGUCUUCCUCUUUUUAUGUGAACGCUGGCUCUCCAGGAAGAGGGAGGACAGACGCAUCAAGAGAGCCUUCUAUGUCAAGGGUUAUGAAGGAGUUAGAGAGGGCCUGAACAGUAAAAAGAAGAACUCAGCUCUGACACUGAAGAGCGUUGACAGCAACAUGAAUAAAAAGAGCAAGAAGAAGAAGGAGGAAGAAAUUGAGCUCCCGAUCAUACCGUACCACAUCACCAUCUGCACUGGACUGGAGCGGGAUGCGAGCACUACCAGCAGGGCUUAUGUGAUCAUUAUCGGGGCCAGUCACACCCAGACAGAGAGGCUGUGGCUGGACCUGCCAGACGAGAAGAAGGGCUUUGAGGCCGGCUCUCUGGAGAACUUUGAGUCCCACGGUUCGGAUGUGGGGGAGAUCAAAAAGGUCGAGCUCGGCCAUGAUGGGGCCACUCCGGAGAGCUGCUGGCUGGUUGAUGAGCUGUCUGUUGCUGUGCCAACCAAAGGGGUCAAAUAUAUCUUUGCUUGCAAGUGCUGGCUGGCCAAAGAUCGAGGAGAUGGGCUGACUGCUAGAGUAUUCAAUGUGCUGGAUGCAGAGGCCAUUUCUAUCUCCCAGAAGGUUAUUUACGAGGUGACGGUGGUGACAGGAGACGUGCAGAAUGCAGGAACAGACACGUUGAUCUUCAUGUCUGUGUUUGGGGCCAACGGCAGCACAGAGGAGAUGCUGCUGCAGAAGAAUGAGGACAGGUUCGAACGUGGUCAGGAAGACACUUUCAACAUGGAGAUCGAUGACAUUGCCCCCCUGAGGAAAAUGAGGCUUCGUAUUGACGGCUCCGGGAGUCGACCUGACUGGUUUCUAGACAAGGUGAUCAUGCGCCACCUGACUACAGAGGAGGUGUCUGUGUUCACCUAUGAGGACUGGCUGUCCAGGACACGUGGACCUAAAAGGACGAUGAUCUGCGAGAUGGCUGCCGUGGUGGACGAGGAGGUCAUGGUGGAGCUCACCACCUACAUCAUCCAAGUCAGGACCAGUGAUGUUGCAGGGGCAGGCACUGAUGCCAAUGUGUGGAUCAUCAUUUUUGGAGAGAAUGGCGACACGGGAACACUGGCGCUGAAAGAAUGCAGCAAGUCCAACAAAUUUGAACGCAAGCAAGUGGACACGUUUCGUUUCUCGGACAUCCUCAGUCUGGGAGACCUCUCCAAAGUACGAGUCUGGCACGACAACACAGGUCCUGCACCAGGAUGGCACUUGGAGUACAUUGAUGUGAAGGACGAGAUCAUGGACAAAACAUUUCGUUUCCCCUGUGACCGCUGGCUUGCAAAGAAUGACGAUGAUGGACAGAUCAUGAGGGAGCUGGCCUGCGCUAACAACGACUACUUAGACCUCAACGAGAAGACCAAGUAUGAAAUUUGUGUUACAACCGGAGACACGGCUGAAGCUGAAACCAAAGAAAACGCGUGGAUUGUACUUGAGGGGAAGAAGUGCCGAUCAAAAGAAUUUGUAAUGGAGAACUCUUCAAAAAAGAAGAGGUUCUUGCGGGGAAACGUUGACAGGUUUGAGUUUUCGUCCAAGACCCUGGGUGAUAUCGCAGGUAUCUGCCUGGGCCACACACCCAAGGAUGGAAAGAAAGUAAAGGGAGAGUUUUACUGGUUUGUGGAGGAGGUCGUCGUGACUGAACGAGAACUGGGAAACAAGUACAUCUUCACCUGCAAUGCCCUCAUCCCUCUGUCUCCUAAGAGGGACGAUUUCUUGACCUUCGAGUGCACAAAGACCAUCGAGAGCUUCGCCAGCAAAGCUCGAAGCCUGGUGCCCGUCAAGUACGAGAUCAUCGUCAUCACGGGCGACGAGAAGGGAGCGGGAACCGACGCCAACGUUUUCAUCACCAUCUACGGCACCAACGGAGACUCAGGCCGUCGGCAACUGCGGCAGAAGUUUCGCAACCUUUUCGAACGCGAGCAGACGGACCGUUUCGUGCUGGAAAUGCUGGACAUGGGGGAGCUGCAGAAAGUUCGAGUGGAGCACGACAACUCCGGUCUGAGCCCCGGCUGGCUGCUGGACCGAGUGGAAGUCACCAACACAGCCAACGGUGUCACCACCAUCUUUCUUUGCGGGAAGUGGCUGGACACUGAGAGGGCCGACGGGCAGAUCUCCAGAGUCUUCUACCCGAAAUACUAACAGUGAGACUAUUUGUGAAAACUCCCGCAGCAGAGGGAUGUUCACAAGUAAUGACCAAAGAGAUUCUGCUUCUGGCAGGUUGUACAUCUCAGGAACUGUGACAGAUUUUUACAUUCAUAGUUUUUUUAAUAUUAUAUUAUGCUUAGAAUUGUAAUAUUAUAUCCUGCAAUGAAAUAUUGUGACGAUGUCUUCUUUGGUCAGGAAAAAGGAACGUGCCAUUCUUUUUAAAUUUCAUACAUCAGGGAUGGUUUGCUCUGUUGUUUUGUUAUAAUGGAGGUUUUAUAAAAGAUUAAACUCUUUUGUGAUACUCAGAA